CUUCAAAUAGUAGAACUCCCCAAAAGAGUUGUUACUGACAAAUUUCGUACAAUUUUAUGUACCGAUUCAUCGCCAAACCCCAAUUUUUCCUCUCUCCCAAUUCAAUCCCUUUCCAACUCUCACAUACCCACAAACCAAAGAAAUUCAGUGGGUUUCGUCUGUUCUCAAUGGCUUUGGAACCGAAGGAGUUACCAACUAACAACCCUGGUCUUACUGCUACCCCUGACCCAGCUACUAAGGGUUACUUCAUGCAGCAAACUAUGUUUAGAAUCAAAGACCCCAUAUAUAAAAUGGAUUUGAACAGCUAGAACUAGAAGAAGUGAAGUGCCACUAACCUUCGACGGAGACACGGACGGCGACCGGCGAGACGACGGCGACCGGAGACACGGCGGCGAGCAGCUCCAAGCCUCGAACAGAGAAACCAGGGAGGACGGGAACAGGGGGAAGGAGGACGCCGAGCUACAAGACAGGGCCUGGGCUCG